AUGCCGCCGCCGCCGCCGCCGCCAGUACUAUCGCUGCCGGACGAGCUCAUCGAGGAGGUCUUCUUCCGUCUCCCGCCAGACGAGCCCGAGCACCUCGCGCGCGCCUCCCUCGCCUGCAAGCUCUGGCUCGGCCUCCUCACCGGACCUAGCUUCCGCGGUCGGUACCGCGGCUUCCAUGGAGCACCCCCCAUGCUGGGCUUCGUUUAUUCCUGGCCACCAUUCUCCCGCCAACGGUCGGAGGAUCUGCUCAUCCCACAGUUCUUCCCCACCACAAAAUUCGGCGGGCGCAUUCCGGACGACGGCUGGCCGGACUUGGAGGACUCCGAGUGCGGCGUGUUGGACUGCCGGCAUGGCCGCGUUCUCCUUGGGGACUAUGGUAAACCCAUGCCGCUCAUCGUUUGGGACCCCAUGACAGGCCGCCGGACCAAGCUGGGAGCGCCCAAAGGAUGCAAUAUGCCCUUGGACACCGACUUCGGUGGAGCCGCCGUGCUCUGUGCCGUGGCAGGAUGUGACCACCGGGCGUGCCAUCAGGGCCCCUUCCGGGUUGUCUUCUUCGGCAUGAGCACGGAUGAUGGUGCUCAUGGUAUUAUACACGUGUCGGUGUCCUCGGUGGACACGGGUGAGUGGAGCGAGCCGUGCCCUGGUCUUGAUCUUGGCGUCGAAUCAUUCAUCACGCCAGUACCCCCUGUCUUCAUCCAAGACACACUUUACUUUACACAUAAUAUUGGUGAACAUGACGAUCAAGCAGGAAUUCUCAAAUACAACUUGGGCUCUAAUUGCUUAUCGCGGACUGAUGCGCCGCGCGCAUGGCCUCUCAGGGACGAUUUCGCCAUCCUCAUGGCCAUGGAGGACGGCAGUUUGGGUUUUGCACAAGUGCAUAGGUUAACCUUUUACCUGUGGACAAGACAGACGGGUUACGAUGGAGUUGCAUCAUGGACUCAGCCUAGAGUCAUCGAUCUCAAGAACCUUCUUCCCAUCCAAAAUCCCGAUAAAAGACUUAGAUUGAUUGGGUCCGUGGAAGGCAGUGAUAUCGUUUUCGUUACCACAGAUCUUGGCGUCUACCAGAUUAAUAUAAAGUCGCUACAGUGGAAGAAGCUAUGGAAGAGAGAAAAAUUCUAUAGGUUGAUUCCCUACAUGAGUUUCCACCAUCCACAAGGUAUAUCUAUCUAUCUAUUUUUUUAUGAUUUGAGGACAAAUCUUAAGUAA